AUGAGAGCACAUCGCACCACGCCCAAGCACACUGUUCACCGGCCCACCCCACCAAUAGCAGCCGAAGAUACCUGCACUCAACCGGCACCCUCCCUCCCUCCCUCCCUCCCUCUGUUUUCCUUCAUCAGUGAGCCCCUCCACCCGGCCGGCGGGGCCCUCCACCCGGCCGGAGGUGCCCUCCACCCGGCCGGAGGUGCCCUCCACCCGCCGGAGGUGCCCUCCACCCGGCUGGCGGGCCACUCCACCCGGCCCGAGGUGCCCUCCACCCGGCCGGCGGAGCCCUCUACCCGGCCGGCGGGGCCCUCCACCCGGCCGGCGGGGCCCUCCACCCGGCCGGCGGGCCCCUCCACCCGGCCGGCGGGGCCCUCCACCCAGCCGGCGGGGCCCUCCACCCGGCCGGCGGGGCCCUCCACCCGGCCGGCGGGGCCCUCCACCCGGCCGGAGGUGCCCUCCACCCGGCCGGAGGUGCCCUCCACCCGGCCGGAGGUGCCCUCCACCCGGCCGGAGGUGCCCUCCACCCGGCCGGAGGUGCCCUCCACCCGGCCGGAGGUGCCCUCCACCCGGCCGGCGGGGCCUUCCACCCGGCCGGAGGUGCCCUCCACCCGGCCGGCGGGGCCUUCCACCCGGCCGGAGGUGCCCUCCACCUGGCCGGAGGUGCCCUCCACCCGGCCCGAGGUGCCCUCCACCCGGCCGGCGGAGCCCUCUACCCGGCCGGCGGAGCCCUCUACCCGGCCGGCGGGGCCCUCCACCCGGCCGGCGGGGCCCUCCAGUGGACAAUUAAGAAACCAGU